AGUGAGUGAGGGUGGAAGAGCAGCGGGACCCGCGGGCUCUUACCUUCUGGACCGCUGGACUCGUGUGGACCUCGCUGCCAUGGCGCUGCUGCAGCAGAGAGGACGCUUCGCCGUCCGCGCUGCGCUUUUCCUUCUCUGUCAUCUGCUGGAGCCGAGCGGGCUGCGCGCCUUCAACCUGGACACCCGUCAUGUCAUCAGGAAAGGCGGGGAGCCGGGGUCUCUCUUCGGCUUGUCCCUCGCCUUGCACCAGCAAGUCAGUCCGAAUAAAGUCCUGUUACUGAUUGGUGCCCCGAGAGCCAAGGCUUUAAAAAACCAAAAAUCCAGCGUGACUGGGGGCCUUUUUAAGUGUGAAAUCUCUGAGUCUGAUAAUUGUGAGCGCGUUGAAUUUGAUAAUGACGAGGAUCCAAGUAAGGAGAGUAAGGAGGACCAGUGGAUGGGUGUGUCUGUGCAGAGUCAGGGACCCGGGGGAAAGGUUGUGACGUGUGCGCAUCGAUAUCAAAAGAUUCGCUCAGGAUCCCAGUCUGUCCUUGGGCGCUGUUACGUCUUCAGUCAGAAUUUGACAAUCAACUUGUCGGAUGAUAUGGACGGAGGCGAUUGGAAAUUUUGUGAAGGCAGAGACGGAGAAACAGACCAUGCACGGUAUGGAGUCUGUCAACAAGGUCUGGGGGUCACCUUCACCAAGGACUACCAUUAUGUGGUGUUUGGAGCCCCAGGAGCAAGAAACUGGAAAGGGAUGGUGCGAGUAGAACAAGAUAACAUCACGUUGGUAGAAAAGAAUAUAUUUCACGAUGGACCGUAUGAGUUUCAAAACGAUAAACACCCCAGCUCUGUGUCCGCCCACAGCUACCUUGGGUUCUCACUGGACACCGGGCACCACAUCAUGAAAAGCCGUAACCUGACCGUGGUGGCUGGAGCACCAAGAGCCAAUCACAAGGGACUUGUAGUCCUGCUGAAGAAAGAGUCUGCCGAGCAGCUCGUAGUGGAGCAACUUCUGCACGGGCAGGGACUGGCAUCCUCAUUUGGAUACGACGUGGCUGUGGUCGACCUGAAUGGUGAUGGAUGGCAAGACAUUGUUGUGGGAGCCCCUUACUUCUACAUGAAGGACACAGACAUCGGUGGAGCCGUUUAUGUUUAUAUCAACAAAGCAGGACAGUGGGAUAAUGUAACUCUGAUCCGCCUGAACGGGACCAAAGAUUCAAUGUUCGGACUGGCAGUGGAAAACAUUGGGGACGUCAAUCAGGACUCAUUUAAUGAUAUUGCAGUUGGAGCUCCACAGGACGAUGAGGGGGCAGGAAGAGUCUACAUUUAUCAUGGAUCUGCACAAGGGAUAAAAACAACUCCUGCCCAGAUCCUUUCAGGCAAAGAGCACAGCCUUCGAUAUUUUGGAUAUUCUCUGGCAGGAAACAUGGACCUGGAUGGUAACUCUUAUCCAGACUUGGUUGUAGGAUCUCUGUCAGAUGCAGCUUUCAUUUACAGGGCAAGACCAGUUGUUAACAUCAGGAAAAACGUUACGGUUACUCCUGAAGAAAUUGACCUCGGUGUUGGCUGUGAUUCCAGUUUUUGCUUCACUGUGACAGCAUGCUUCAACUACACAGCGAGGUCCUACAACAAGAGGCUCACAAUCAGCUACUCCAUAGAGGCAGAUGGAGAACGCAGGAAACAAGGACUGAACUCCAGAGUGAUUUUUCUGACUAAGACUCAUCCUGAAUCAGACAUCCAGUUUAAUGGCACCUUGGAGCUCCAGAACCAAAACGCAGGACAGUGUGUCAGCAUAAACGUCGGGCUUAAGGACAACAUUAAGGACAAGAUGCGCAGCGUUGUUAUUGAAGUUUCUGCAGAAAUCAUCAAAGCAAAACCCCAAAGAGCAGGAAAUGCUCUAUCUCAGCUAAUGCCAGUUGUAGACGCCACCCAGCCAAGACAAGCCGUCGCAGAGGUAAACUUUGUAAAGGAGGGAUGCAAAAAUAAAAAGAUUUGUUUCAGCAAUUUAAAAAUGGACAACAGUCUGCACUACAAACCAACCAGCAAGGAUGAAUUCACCCCGUUAAACAAAAGUGCACUUAAUAUCCCAGAGUUCAGGCUGACUUACGAGACGAAGGCCUUGGCUGUGAAGGUGACUGUGACCAAUGAAAAUGGUGACGAUGCCUUCGAAGCAAAGCUUGUGGGGAAAUUCCCAGAAAUCCUGUCGUAUUCUGGAGUUCGAUCUCCAAACAAUCAGAUCCUCUGUACUGCCAACCAUAACGGAUCUGAAGCAGAGUGUGAGCUGGGAAACCCAUUUAAGAGCAACUCAAAGGUCAUGUUUCACAUUAUUCUGAGCGCUGCGCACAAUGUUGUAAAACUCGACACCACUGAGUUUGAGAUUGAUCUGCAUCUCCAAACGACAAGUUCUCAAAGUAUUUCCGCUGUGAAAAUAAAGAGCAAAGUGAUAACUGAAGUCCCUUUGAUAUUGAGUGGUGAAGCCAAACCCAGACAGGUUUCCUUUGGAGGUGUUGUGAGAGCAGAAACUGCAAUGAAAACAGAAGAGGACGCUGGAAGUUUGAUUAAUUUUACAUUUAGGAUAAGUAACUUGUGGACGCCUUCGAUCUCUCCUCUUCCCCUCACUCUACACAUUCAUUGGCCCAGAGACAAUAAAAACGGGAAAUGGCUUCUGUACUUGGUGAAGGUCACAUCUCACGGACCUGAGAAAAUCGCCUGCUCUCCUCAAUCUGAAAUUCACUCUCUCAAAAACAUUUGGGAGAGAUCUCCUUCCCUGACAAAACAGGAAAUUGUCAAAAAAGAAAGAAAACUUGGUGGCAAAAUUGUUUUUCAUUCAAGCAGUAAUAAAGUUUUGUCCUGUGAGAAGGAAAGCAAAUGUGUGGUGCUGAAGUGCCCCCUGCAGGGGAUUAAUGGUACUACAGUAGAGCUGAGAUCUCGUUUGUGGAACUCCACCUUCAUCGAGGAAUACGCUUCCUUUCCAACCACAACUUUAGUUGUGAAGGCUUCACUUGUACUUGAGUCUCAGGCUCCGAACAUUAUCCUGAAAUCUCCUGACUUUACUGUGACGGUGCCCGUGUCCCCGGACAGCGACGUGGCUCAGUUCGGAAUUCCCUGGUGGAUCAUUCUGAUAGCGGUUCUGGCAGGAAUCUUGAUUUUGGCAUUGAUGGUGUUUCUGUUGUGGAAGUGCGGCUUCUUCAGACGCUCCAAGCAAGACGACAGCAUACCUCGCUACCACGCAGUGCGGAUAAAAAAGGAAACUCCGGGCUACGUCGACGGAAAAAUGAAACCUGGUGCUUUAGAAAAGAAGCAGUGGAUGACGACGUGGAUCGACGGCGACGAUUAUUCAUGAAUGUUUUAUUUCUUUGUACAAACUGGUUGGAUUAGAGCCACUGAACUUUAAUGUUCCUUGAGUGUGUGAAUAGAGUGCGUUUAUUUUAAAUUGAAAUUGACUUUACACGCUGUAUAAAGGAUUUAUUUUUUUCUUAUGCUGUAUAUAUUGAAAUAUUUCUGCACAUUUUGUAUUUAUUUUUUUUUAUAUGAAAAUAGCCAUACAACCAAAAGCUUUUUGGUUUACUGCUGUUUCGGGAGCUGUACUGUCUUUUUUUUUUUUUUUUUUAUAAACCUCAAACUAUGAAAAGAAGGUACAACUAGCUCAGUUUCUGUAACAU